UCAACGUCCAGAUGAUCAGGAUGGUUCCCUUCUUCUUCACUCACCUGCUACUGAUGACACUGCUGUUUCAACACACUGAAGCAAACAAGGAACUGAGGAGACAGAAGCCACCUACACAUGAUGAAGCUGCGCAUUAUCAAGAGUUUUGCUUGAGUAUUCCUGAAGCUCCUCGUUCGACCCGUUUGGAUUUUGAAACCCCACAGCCUACAAAGUCGGCAUCCAAACCAAAACCACCCAGAGAAAAACCCAACACUCCCAAACUGCGAGGACAACAACCCAGACCAAAACAACCUGCUGUUCCUGGAGCCCCGUUGCCUGAGGAAAAGACCUAUCCACCUGCUGGUGUUCCUGAAAUAGUACCCAUAAUUGCCCCCUUUGGUUUGUACAGUUCAGAUAGAGACAUCGAAGUCUCAGACGGAUGCUACUGCAAAGAACAAAACAAGAAGUCGUCCACUGAGACCUACCAAGUCAGCAGCCUGACCAUACACUAUCCCAGUGAAACCUGCAGAUCUACUGAAUACAUUGAAAUUUUAAAAGACGGAAGGAAAGUUUGUGUGACGUCGUUCAGCCUUCUGGGUCAUUUUUUACGGACUCUGUCCCAACCAGUGCCGGAGCAAAGGUCAACAGAAUCACCUGAGAUCACAUCUACUACACAUCAGAGCACCACUGCAGAGACGUCCACCCCGACACAGCCGCAAAUCAGAAUCGAUGGCUCAUUUAUGCAUUAUGGACCAGCUGGAAACCUGCAAGACACAAGACAUGAUGUUAAGGGGUCAGACUUCCUAGGCCCUGUAAAGACAAUGACUGCUAUACACCCCUCUGGACUUCUGGUUACACAUCUGAGUGUUUCUGCCAUUGAAGAACCUUGUAUUUUCUGCAUGGAUCUUGUGACGUGGAACAACUUUGACCCGAAGGACGUUCAGUUGGUGGAAUUGACUAUGCCAUCAUCCAAAUGUCCCCCCUUCAUCAUUGUCAUCCUGACUGAUGGACGCCAUAUUUGUAUGAAUUCUUCCCACCCUGAGUUCCUUCAGCUCUUGGACAAGUUGGAAAAUAAAGAACCUUACAUCUGACACUUAAUGUGGUAGACUUUACUAUCUGUCUGUCUGUCUGUCUGUCUGUCUAUCUAUCUAUCUAUCUAUCUAUCUAUCUAUCU